UAUGAUAAGCACAUUUGACAAACUGACAACAAUCGCAGAUAGAAAUGCAAAUUUUAAAUUAAUCAAGUGCUUAAAGAAUACAUUUUAAUAUAUGUAUACUUAUUUACAAAGUCCAGUAUAAUGUCGGCAGACUUUUGUUUGCUCACAUCACUAUAUUUGUAUUUUAUUUGUACUUGAAAUCGCAAUCGCAUCAAGAAGGCGUGGCGUAAGCAAGCAAAACAACGGAUAAGACUAUUAUUGUCAGCGAUAAUUUCGUGAUAAAUUUAAGCCCUAGAACAAAGCAACAGAGAGACUGAUUUUUAGCUGGUGCUACUUAUUAUGAACACAUUUAUGCCACAGACUGCGACGAGUAUUUAUACUAUACUAGGAAGCAAAGACAGAAGCAAGCCAAAUUUUGAGUGUCAAGCAUCAUGUGUGUGAUUUUCUUCUAUGCUAAUUCACAACCCAACAGCGAUGGCUACAAGCUCAUAUUGGCAUCCAAUCGCGAUGAAUUCUUUGCCCGCGAGACACAAACGGCAGCCAAGUGGUCAAAUUCCGACCAUGUUUAUGGAGGUAUUGACUUAGAGCCUGGUCGAGAGGGUGGCACCUGGUUAGCUGUUAGCAACAAUAAGGGCAUCUUUAAGGUCGGCGCACUGCUCAACCUGACCGGAGAACCGAAGCCCCGAAAUGCAGUUGCGCACAAAAACAUUUUGCAACCGCAUAAUAACACCAACAACAAUGGCUGCAACAACAGCAGCCAGAACAAACAACAACGGCAAUCAAAUAACGAACAUUUCUUACUAGGACGCGGCAUGAUCGUUGCGGACUAUGUACGCCAAUCGGAUGACCAGCACAAUAUAUUCAACUAUAAUCAACACCUGCUAACGGAAUGCACCAAAUACAGUGCCUUUAAUUUUGUCUCCAUUGAAAUUGGUGAUGCCUCGAAGCCGGCACAAAUCAAUCUACUGAGCAAUGUGCCUCCAAUGCUGUCACCCUUCGAGCAAGAAGAAUGUUGCGGUUUUGGCAACAGCCUGUCCGCCUGUCCCUUUGAGAAGGUGCGCCAUGGUCAGGAGCACUUUAAGCAGAUAGUCAGCAAAUAUGGUCACUCGGAUGUGGAUACUUUGAGCUCCGAGCUGCUACGAUUGCUCAAAAAUAAACGGAAGUUUUGGCCAGAUGCCGAACUAAAACGACGUGCUCCAAGCUGGGGCGAAGGUCUCAGCGCUCUGAACGUCCACAUAGCCGAGCACAGUUAUGGCAGUCGGACACACUCUAUAAUUUUAGUCGAUGCUCACGACAAACUACAUUUCAUAGAAGAGACCAUGGUGGGAUUGGACCCUAAUGGAGAGUGGCGUAAAACACACAUUGAAAACCAAUUCAAAAGCAUUUAAAUUUUUCAAGUAUCUAUGCUGAUAUAGUCAAUGCAUGUACAAAAAUCAAGUGCUUUAUUAUAUUUAGUUGUAUCCCUAUUUGCAAACGAAUCGUAUAUAACAUUCAUUUUAAAACACCUAAAAUAUUAUUAUGGAAAUUCGAUAUAGCUAAGCCGGAAACUUAUUGUUCAUUCUAUCCUAUGUGUCAAGCAAUUUAUUUUUUGAUGAGCAUUAAAUUAAUUUUCAUGUUUACUGUAA